GCAACUAAGCUUGAUCCUAAUUGCAGUGGGUGCAUUACGUCAGCAGAAACAGUCAUGCUUGAGAAGCAGAGUUUGGAUGAGUUCCUUUCCAAUUUGGAAAAGGGAAGGACAGUUAUUGUCUCUAUCUCUCCCCAGUCCAGGGCCUCUCUCGCUGUUCAUUAUGGACUUUCUUCACUUCAGGUCUUCAGGAAGCUCACAACACUAUUUAAGUCUCUGGGUGUGAAAGCUAUAUUUGAUACCAGCUGCAGUAGAGACUUGACCCUAAUAGAAUCUUGUAACGAGUUUAUGGUGAGAUAUAAACAAUCCCAAGGUACAAGUAGUGGGGAGUCGAAGCCACCUUUGCCUAUGAUUUCUUCCGCAUGUCCAGGUUGGAUAUGCUAUGCUGAAAAGACCCUUGGUUCUUACAUUCUUCCAUACAUUUCUUCAGUCAAGAGCCCCCAACAAACUAUUGGAACAGUUGUCAAGAAUUAUAUAUGCCAAAUGCUAAGUGUAAGACCAGAGGAUGUAUACCAUGUGACUGUAAUGCCAUGUUAUGACAAGAAGCUCGAGGCUGCUCGUGAGGACUUUGUGUUUCAAGUAGACACAGAUAGUGAAAAAAUUACGGAGGUUGAUUCAGUUCUAACAACAGGAGAGGUUUUGGAUUUGAUACAGUUAAAAGCAGUUGAUUUUAAAUCCAUGGAAGAGUCACCCCUAGAUAAACUGUUUGCAAAUAUCGAUGAGGAAGGCCAUCUUUAUGGGGUUCACGGAAGCUCUGGAGGAUAUGCAGAGACCAUUUACCGUCAUGUUGCUAAAGUGCUUUUAGAUCAGGAAGUUAAAGGCCCUAUAGCAUUCAAGACCAUAAGGAACUCUGAUUUCCAAGAAGUGAGCCUAGAAGUGAAUGAUAAAUCUGUCCUGAAAUUUGCAUUAUGUUACGGUUUCCGCAACCUGCAGAAUGUUGUUAGGAAAUUGAAAAUGGGGAAGUGUGACUACCAUUUCUUGGAGAUCAUGGCAUGCCCUUCAGGAUGCUUAAAUGGUGGCGGACAAAUAAAGCCACAACCUGGGCAGUCUGGUAAAGAGUUGAUUCAGCUGUUGGAGACGGCUUAUGUAGAAAAUGUAAGUCAUGUCAUAAUUGGAUUCUUUGGCUUGUAUAGCUAGUUGAUGAUUGGCGCAGUGUCAUAUUACAACCAUCUUAGACUCUAGAAAUAUCCUCUCCAGCUUGAAGGCUUUGCUUGUAUUUGUGCCAAGUCAAGGAACUAUACUAUGUGUAACUUGAAUUGCAGAGCUUGGGAGAUUCAUCUCUGACUACUCCCUAGUAGUCAAACAUGAAAUGGAAGUUCUCUUUUGUGCUGAUUUAUUUGAGUGUUUCCCCGACUGUGCCUUUUUUCUUCCUGUUAGACAGACGUGCUUGUUUUGGCUUAUAUAUUUUCUCCUU